AUGAGCCGCAUCAUCAAGGCGUGCGAACUCUUUGACAUUCGUCUCCUUGAAAUCAAGUAUAACGAUUCCGAUCCAGACCCAUAUUCUCCUCCCAGCUUCCAAGCGUAUACACGCCCGGGCAAGCAGGUACCAGAAGUAGCACCCAGCACCGACAAUACCGUGAACCAGGAGAAAGGAUCUCAACCUGAAUCAUUAUCGACCGUUCGCUUCUUGAUCACAGGGAUGACCUGCUCCGCUUGCGUAUCGACGCUGAGCCACGCAUUGACGUCCGUUCCGGGUGCCUUCCGAACCAACGUGUCUCUGCCGCUUUCACGAGCAACCGUAAUCUACAACCCGACUACUACGUCGACAGAUGACUUGAUAUUUGCCAUCGAAGGAGCAGGCUACGACGCCGAGGUGCUUGGACAACACAAUCAUGGCUCUGCCGCCCAAAAUCUCAAACUCGUCCGGAGGGAAGAAGAGCUUCAGGCUCUGAAGGGAGCUUUCAAUGGUGCAGCAAAGUGGGCUACAGUUAUCACGGUUAUUGAAUGGACGAGGAAGGUCUUUGUAACCACUCAGCUUAGGAGUGCUCUGGAUCCGACUCUGUGCCUCCUAAUUCUUGCCGUUGGAUGUUACGUUCAACUUUCUCAUGCACGCUGGAUCCAUCAGAAUGCGUGGGCAAGCUGUUUCUCUCGGCAACGGGUACGGCUUCCGAGCUUAUCCAUGGACACUCUCUUGUCUCUGUCACUUUUGCUGAGUAUAUUCCUCUCAUUUUUCAACAUCGCUCUCCAUGGUCUCUCCGAUGUCCAGACAAGGACUUAUUUUUCCUCCGCGUCUUUUCUCGCAGUGGUCAUUAGCGGAGGACGGUACCUUGACGUGACUCUGCGGAGGCAGGGCGCAGCAGGCCUUGCUCGUCUAUUUAGACUGCAACAUGAAGUGGAAUUGGAGACAGUGAUGAUGGAGGGACGAUUGCAGGACUGCGACAACAGACCGGACGACGGAAGCGAAGUCAUUCUAACGCCAAUUCCCACGAAUUUGCUUGCGCCGCUAGACACAUACCAUAUCUUUCCUCAAAGCCUCAUCCCUUGUGAUAGCUACGUGGUGCGCGGCGCCUCUUUGGUCGACGAGGCGAGCAUGACUGGCGAAUCACUACCAUGCCGCAAAGCUGUUGGCGAUUUCCUGAUGUCCGGGACUCGCAAUCUGUCCACUGAGCUCGUUGCUGUCGUCCUGAAAGACCAGGCCGAAUCCAGUCUCGAGAGACUUGUUGAAAGCGUGGAAGCAGCAACAGAGGUGAAAUACGGACCCGCACAGAAGGGCGCGAGUUCGGAUGACAAGCCAGGAAGAGCGAUAGAGGAUGUUAUCACGGAAUAUUUCGUCGCAGUCAUUCUUGUGCUGACAUCAAUCGGGUUCAUACUCACAUUUGUUCGCUCGGCAGACUCGUUGCCGAUCACUGAUCGACUCAACCUUGCGUCUGAACGGGCAAUGGCGAUUCUGGCAUCAGCUUGUCCAUGCGCCAUGGGAUUAGCAACCCCUUCAGCUGUGAUGGCCGGUAUCGACGCGGCCUACGCUUGCGGAGUUCUUCUCCCAGGUGGCGCGGAUGCUUUCAGCAAGCUAUCUCGCCUCUCGCACAUUGUAAUGGACAAGACGGGAACUCUUACAGAGGGUAAACUGCAGAUCUCGGAUGAGUCCUUCGCGGAGCCAUUCAGAGCAGAUUUCAGGAGGCGGGAAUUGUGCUAUAGCCUCUUGAGCGCCGCGGAAAGAGACGUCUCACAAACACACCCAGUUGCCAGGGCGGUGUUCCAAUGGUGCGUCAAACAGCUUCGUGCAGCGUCACUGUUGGAGGGAAGUCGGAGCCUCAUGACCGAACCAGGUGCUGCAUCCGUCAGGAACGUCUCAAGUGUCACAGGAAAGGGUGUGUACGCAGAAGUUCACGGGCAGGCCAAUGUAUGGUACACCGUGCAUGUCGGCAGCGAGCGUUUUCUAUCUGAGAACGGCAUUGCCAUCGCGGCAGCCCCCACAGACCGGUUGCGAAAUGUCACAGGAACGACUGAGGCCCAUUUUGCCAUUGACGGCAAGUAUGCAGGCUCGUUUACGCUGCAGGACAGCAUCCGUCGGGGCGCUUCUAGCGUUGUCGAAUCGUUGAAGUCGCUUGGACUCGAAUUGACCAUGCUGACAGGAGAUGCCGAAAGUGAAGCAAACCGAGUCUCGUCGCAACUGCAAAUCCCAGUCCUCGCAGCCAAAUCUCUGCCUCACGAGAAGAAAGACUUGGUCGUCUCACUGCAGUCACAGCGUUCGUCGCCCACGAAGAAUGGCGCCAGAAAUGUUGUCGCCAUGCUAGGCGAUGGCCUAAACGACGCACCCGCCCAAGCUGCCGCGGACGUUGGCAUUCUAUUCUCACUCUCGCCCCUGUCGAGCCGUCCUUCGGACGCACCAUCCUCGCUCGCAGUGGGAACCUGCGCUGCCGAUGUGAUCAUCAUGACACCCGAUCUCGCGGCCCUGCCGAAGUUGAUCACGAUUGCUACCAAAACGAUGGCUCAGGCAAGGUGGAAUAUGUGUUGGGCGGUUCUCUACAAUGCCGUGGCCCUUGCAUUAGCGUUGGGCGCCAGCGAACUAAUGGGGUUCGGGACCGUUGAUGCCUCAACUGCCGGCACAAUGAUGGCAUUUUCGAGCAUUACUGUGUUGGGCAUGAGUUUAGAUCUGCGCCGUCGGUUGCAAUGAGAGAAAAGCCAUCCUGAUUAGACACUGCUGUAUACAUUGUUGCUGCUACCCGGAU